AUGCCCAAAGAAUUAUCCAAAACAGGUACAUCAACAAAUCAUAAACCUUACUCUUCAUCAUCAACCUCUGAUUCGAAAUCAUCUUCACCAUCUGUUGGAUCGUUUUCAUCGAACGGAAAGUUAAAGAAUGUAGAAUAUAUUUGGGAACCGUAUAUGGAACAACAACCAAAAAACAAGAUCAUUACUCACCACAAUAACACACCAAGUCCGCAACAAUCACAUUCUUCAGUUGGCACGUUUUCCCAAUUACUUUUUCCUUCUAAUGAAGAACAACCAUUUCCUUCGUUUUCAUACUCUCCAUCAGAGGCUACCGAUAUUUUCGGCUCCACCGUCACCAACAACAUAUUACCAACGGGUAUAACAACAACAAUCGAGAGUGGAAAUCAGAGUCAUCAUAACAUGGAAAGACCGCUUUCUCCCACAGCCACUGGCAUGACCACAACCGUCGAGGAACCAUUCAAAAAUCAGAACGAUCUUUCUUCACUAACUUCAGCAUCUUUUCAUAUUGCCUGUACUGCUUGCAGAGAAAAACAUAUCAAGUGUGAUAAGAAAAUACCAUCCUGUACAUAUUGCAUCAAACACGGAUUAAUAUGCCAGUAUCGAAAACCAAAGAAACGAGGUCGACCCAGCUCAAAAAACAAAGGUAACAAUAAUGCAGCCCAUGAAGAAGAAGAGCAUGAAGGAUAUUCAAAAUUUGACAUUGUCAAACCAACAACAGAAUCUUCAUCAUCUUCGGGAAUGCAAUCCUUUACCUCUCAUACUUUCCAUAUUAAUGAUGCCUCAACAAAUCCAUCUUCUCAAUUUCUGACCUCUGUCAAUAAUGCUGACUCACAUGUCAACAACUGGCUGGAAAACCCGUUGAAUAAGAACAACAAUGCUACAUCUAUGUCAACAGUUUCUAGAUUACCACACGCUUCAUCUUCAAAUGCUACCACAGCUCUAAUGAUACCCCAACUCAAUACAACAGAAAUUGAUGUUCCAGGCUUUUCACAAAUGCCUCAAGUUGACUUUAAUAAUGAAAGUUUGAUCGCAUUGAUCCGAAUGAGCAGAGACUUGAACAAACAGUUAAUGAAAAGACUGACGGUUGAUGACUAUUAUAGGUCGACGUCCAUGCCUCUCAUGGACCAAAGAUCUGUAGAACACAUAUUUUUCUCUGACAAGCGAAGCGACGAAGCUAAUUGCUUUCUUUAUAGUAUUCAUAUGCUCAUGUGUCAAAGAAGAGGGUUUAAAGAUGAAGCAGAAAGAGCUUACGAAAAAACUAGAUCAAUGCUUUCACAUGUAUUCGAUCAAUGGAGAUCUUUUUUAACUGCCUGUACAUACUGUAACCUUUCGAUAUAUUGUUCUGGAGAAGGAAAUGAUGGAGACGCUAUUUUUUAUUUGAGUUUUGUGGACUAUUAUUUCACACAACUGAAAGAAAAAUAUUCAUUAGGUCAACAAAAUCUUAAAUAUUUAAAAUCAAUUGCAGAAAUGGCGGCAGGAAUUGGUUCCGGUACAGAAAAACCAGUUUAUGAUGAUUUUUCUGAACUGGAUUUAGAGUCUAUUUCUAAACAAUGUCAGCACGAUGUGGCCAACUUACUGGUUGGUUUCUACAAGUAUACAACAGGCUUGAAAAAGGUUCCUCCAGAGCUGUUACAAAUUACAUCACAAUCAAUUAAUCAAGAUACAAUCUAUUUGUAUCUUACGCUGUUCGACCUAAUCACAAAACUCGUCACCCAACAUGAAAGCGAUCGACAAAAAACACUGACGCCAGAACAGGAAGAAAUAUCGAAAGCCAUUUGUGACGCAUUUAUUAACGGUACUCGUGUUCUCAUACUUCAACAAUGUGGAUAUAAGGGAAAGGUACUCGAAGAUGCAGCCAAUAGAAUUGCAGAGAUUUUUUCCAACGAGAUAUCUAUUGGAUUUGCGUCUCCUCUCUAUAUGUCAUCCGUUAUAGCAGCAUGCCAAGUUCACAUAGGUAUCAUUGAGGAAAUUGAAAGCGGCCUGAGAAGCAAUUAUGAAUUCGGUGUGGAUUAUUAUGCAAUGAUUGACAAAGAUCUUAAGGCCAUGAACUAUUUGGAUAAACAAUUUGGAAGAGUUCGCAAAAGAUACUCGCAGAUUAUUUAUCAACUAGAAUCUAUCAAAAAGAGAAGAGAAACAGAGGUAUCAAAACUCGUCAUUAGCGAAAUCGAGAGAUUAAAAACAUUGCGAACGGAGGGAAAAUCCACAAGUGCCGACAACAAGAGCUUCCUUCUGCAGGAGCAUUUAACCUCUCUAUAUUCUCUUGUUCGUGAAGGAGAUGGCACUCUCAUAUUUGAUCCAACAUCAUCAGCCCAACCAAACCCACUUGUUGGAGGUUUUCCUUCAUCAUCUGUUGAGACAACCCAGACAAAUAAUACUAAUAAUGUUUUACCAACAAGCUCAGAAUUGGGCCAUCCAAGAACCCUCCCAACAACCUUAGAGGAAAGCUUUGAAGAUAUUUUAAACAAUCUGUAA